CUUUGUCUUCAUCGACGGAGAGAGUUAAGAUCUACGAAAGGAAGAAGAUGGAGAGCAGAGAAGCGAUGAGGAACACGAAGAUCAAUGUCUUAGCAUUGGUUGGUCUGAUACUAUUGAAUUCAAUCAAUCCAAUCUCCUCGCUCUCGGUUACGGUUGAGGAAGAUGAAUGCGUCCAAGAGUAUGUCCUCUACGAAGGAGACACCGUCUCUGGAAACUUCGUCGUCGUCGACCAUGACGUCUUCUGGGGACCAGAUCAUCCCGGUAUUGAUUUCACGGUGACGUCUCCUGCUGGGAACAUUGUACAGACGUUGAAGGGGACAUCAGGAGACAAGUUUGAGUUUAAGGCACCGAGAAGUGGGAUGUACAAGUUUUGUUUCCACAACCCUUACUCUACUCCUGAGACUGUCUCCUUCUACAUUCAUGUUGGUCAUAUCCCCAACGAGCAUGACUUAGCCAAAGACGAACACUUGGACCCGGUGAAUGUGAAGAUAGCUGAGCUGCGAGAGUCUUUGGAAUCUGUUGUUGCUGAGCAGAAGUAUUUGAAAGCACGUGAUACCCGUCACCGUCAUACUAAUGAGAGCACGAGAAAGCGAGUGAUAUUCUACACUGUAGGAGAGUACAUUUUCCUAGCAGCAGCAAGUGGUCUCCAGAUUCUCUACAUUCGCAAGCUCUUCAGCAAGUCUGUUGCAUACAACAGAGUUUGAACAUAAUUGAAACCCCCAACAUAGUUUUGUCUCUCCUUUUUUUUUAUGUUUUGAAUUGGUGAACACAAUCAUAAAAAGUGUUAGUUGAUUAAGACCUUAACAACGAAAGACCCCUUUUGUUUCGCUUUCGGUAUCUACAAUUUUCAGUAACUUCGGUUUAUUUAUGUUUUAAACAAUGGAGAACUUGAUAUGCUUAUAUUCGGAUUCUUUAA